GUCAAAUAUUGAUUCGACAAACUCUAAACAAAGUCUUGAUAUCAUCCACACUUAUGGAGUAGGUUUCCCAAGGAGUCAAUUCGCCUCCAGCGCCCGAGUGUGCCACAGACUCUGGUGCCGAUCUUGGAUCGUACCUAUUACUACACUCUCUCUUCCGUCUUUUCUUCCUUGAUUACCCCUCUCAUUCCAUUUUCCUAUUUUCCAUUCCUUGCAUAAAUCUGUGAAGAUCCUUCGAUAGUGGUCAGUCUGAUCAGCAUGUACUUGGCGAUAUGUCGCUCUCACAGCGAGAAUUGUUCGCCAUAUCAACGACAGAACGCAUAUGCUCUGCGAUCUCUCUCGCUGGCACAAGUAUCAUAAUCAUCUCUUUCCUCUCAUCUAGAUCCUUUCGCAAGCCGAUCAAUCGUCUCGUAUUUUAUGCGUCAUGGGGAAAUAUCAUGGCAAAUGUAGCCACGAUGAUCUCUCAGUCGGGCAUCGCCUAUGGGACAAACGGCUGCCUUUGUCAGUUCCAGGCGUUUCUGAUUCAAUGGUUCAUGCCCGCUGAUGCGUUGUGGACUCUUGCCAUGGCAUGCAAUGUCUACUUGACAUUCUUCCACAAAUAUAACUCAGAACAGCUGCGACAACUCGAGUGGAAAUACGUGCUAUUCUGCUAUGGCCUCCCCUUCAUUCCGGCAUUCGUUUAUUUCUUCAUAGAAACCGAGGCUCGGGGAAAGGUUUACGGCUCAGCCAUACUCUGGUGCUGGGUGUCGCUCCCCUGGGAUUUUCUUCGCAUUGCGGUCUUCUAUGGUCCAGUCUGGUUCGUCAUUUUCUUGACAUUCGCCAUUUAUCUGCGUGCUGGCAAAGUGAUUUUCGAGAAACGACGGCAACUUGAGGAGGCUGAGUGUCCGGAGUCUUGCGGCGAAAUUGACAGUCCUAUGGAGCCUGCUUUUUUCAAAAUGACAGAGAUACACGUCACCAGCGAGAUCACACAUUCUGGAAGUGAAUCCAAUCGAUUGACCAUCACGAGUGCCAGCCAUAUACCGCAUCGAUACCUCAGCCCAUACUCGCCCUACUCUGUAACCAUUGAAGGUGGCAGGGCCUCUGGCAACGACGAGCAUGUGCCAAUGCGGACUUUGAGAAGCAGCCAGCACGAUCCAUACGCUCAGCGUCGCGCGACGGCGAGAGACGUGAACUCGGCCGCCUGGGCCUAUACCAAAUAUGCGAUGCUUUUCUUCAUCGCACUGCUUGUCACAUGGGUACCGUCCACAAUCAACAGGUUGUACGCGCUGAUCUAUCCGCGCAACUUCAACUUCGGCAUGAACUAUACGUCCAGUUUCGUCCUUCCGCUGCAGGGGUUCUGGAAUAGUAUUAUUUACAUAUCGAUCUCUUGGCCUGCUUUCAAAGAGUCUUAUGCGAAGAUCAAAUGGCGAAAUUCAGUGCAUAAGGGGCCAUCGCAACACGUCAUCACUGGACAUGGGGCUGUUGGAAGUCUCCAUUCGCAUGGGAACGACAGCACUCGAGCGUUGACGGGUUAAUUUGUUUUGUAUAGUAAUGGCUCCCAGAAUAGCUUUUGUAGUAUGAUAUUGCUUUUUUUUAAUGCCAUAAAAUCUGGUCC